GGCGAGGGGAAUGAGACGAAAGCAUCUAAGAAACAUCUGUUUCCUCGAAUGUUGCUACAGGGCGCGCUAGUGAAGUGAACGCCUUCUGAAGCAACGUGAAACGAGGACGCCCGCCACCACACAACAAUCUUCCCACUUUUCCGCUUUCGGUGGGAAAAAAAGUAGGAAAAACCUGUACGUAGGAUCGCAAAGACGCCGUCGCGAUUGGUUAGGCGUAUCCUCGAUCGCGCUUCACCGUCAUCGGUUUAGCAGACUGCCAGCAAAUGCCCUAUCGUGACGCGCGCGCUUUUAUUGGUCGUCGUGCUCGUGCAAUCGGAUCGACAUUUAUCGCAGAAGAGAUCCGAUUUUCCUGCCGUCCACGACAAGGUCCUCGCGUGCGCGUUACGUUCACCGAAUUUUAUCACGACAUCACGAGCGCCUCUCCCCGUAAGGGGCAAGCCUCUCGAUACACCUCGUCAUCCUCCCCCGCCAUUCUCCUACCUACCUACCUCGCGACGCAGUCGCAGCGCCGUCGACAACAACGUGAACAACGGCGAAAGCGACGUGCAAGCUACGCGAGCGCAGCGCCGCCGUCAUCAGCGCGACCGCCAUCGCAACGAGGUGCGCUAUUCCGUUCACUUCGCGACGAAGCCACGAAGAAAUGCCCGUAGGUUCGAGAUCGAUCAAUCCGAGUUCCCGUACGACGAGCAUGGAGGUAUCAUCGCGGUCGAGCCUGUAACGGGCGUGCUGUUACGAGCGAGCCCAGCACGUCGUCGUAGCGGCGAGCGAGCAUUGUAUCUCGCACUCCACGCUCGCGUCGGGUCAGCUGCUGCUUACUUCGCGCUGCCUCCGCUCUAGGUUGUCGGUGUGUGUGUGCGCUUGUGUAUUAAGUCGCCUCUCCCCGUAGCCGCGAUCGUGACACUUUUCACCAAGGUGCGCCGCCCAGGCUUGUGCAUACGAUGGAGCUGCGUGUUGGUAACAAGUACCGGCUCGGACGGAAAAUCGGGAGCGGUUCCUUCGGCGACAUUUACCUAGGUACCAAUAUUUCUACAGGUGAGGAAGUUGCUAUCAAAUUAGAAUGCAUAAAGACACGACAUCCGCAACUACACAUAGAAUCCAAGUUUUACAAGAUGAUGCAAGGAGGUGUUGGAAUACCAACUAUAAAAUGGUGUGGUUCGGAGGGUGAUUAUAAUGUAAUGGUAAUGGAAUUACUUGGGCCAUCACUGGAGGACUUGUUUAAUUUUUGUUCAAGACGUUUUACUCUGAAAACAGUCUUACUUCUUGCCGAUCAAUUGAUAAGUAGAACAGAUUACAUUCACAGCCGCAACUUUAUUCAUCGUGAUAUUAAGCCAGACAACUUUCUGAUGGGUCUGGGAAAGAAGGGUAAUCUCGUCUACAUUAUAGAUUUUGGAUUAGCUAAAAAAUAUCGCGAUGGCCGCACACACAAGCAUAUACCUUAUCGAGAAAACAAAAAUCUGACAGGGACGGCCAGAUACGCGAGUAUAAACACACACUUGGGAAUCGAACAGUCACGACGGGACGAUCUCGAAUCUCUGGGCUAUGUCCUCAUGUACUUUAAUAGAGGUAGUCUACCUUGGCAAGGGUUGAAAGCAGCGACCAAGAGACAAAAGUACGAGCGCAUUUCCGAAAAAAAAAUGUCCACUCCCAUAGAAGAACUCUGUAAGGGAUAUCCUGUAGAGUUCGCUUCGUAUCUAAGGUAUUGUCGGGAUUUGCGCUUUGAGGAGAGGCCGGAUUAUUCGCAUCUUCGACAACUUUUCCGAACGCUGUUUCAUGGUCAGGGCUUCACCUACGAUUACGUCUUUGACUGGAAUAUGCUGAAAUUUGGUAACGCGAGACAACCAACUUUACCUUCCGCGCAGCAAGCACCUAUGCACUCGCAGCCGUCUAAUGCGGCGCUGCCUUCUGGGACCAACAACGAUCAGGAACAUCGAUCAAGGCCCUACACGCGGCAAUGUUUACCGAACGCGUCCGUAGCGACGGUGGGGCCGACGCUUGGACGCUUGGAUCCGACCACAAGUUUACGAGCAAUCCGGCAGAAACGCGAGAUGGAGACUCGUGGUGACCAGGACAAUCAGGACAAGAAUGAUCUUCAAGCAUCGGGUGCGGGUGGACAGGAACGAAGGGUCAGUAUGCGGUUGCAUCGUAGGGAUACACUUCUAGCAGCUGCAGGAGAAAUGCCCAAGUCCAAGUGACGCCAAUGCGACGGCAAUCGCUCCACCCACCCUGAUGGUCAGGCGGGCAAGCGUGCAACACAACAAGUGAAUCAGCAGCAGCAAUAGCGGAAUCAUCAUCAUUAUCAUCAUAAUCAGCAGCGCCGUUCGUCAAGAGCGACGAUUAGUGAUCAACGCCGCCGCCAACACGGCGCACUCCUGCCUGUCGCAAACCGGAAAUGAACUCGUGCGUAUUCGCAUCCGGUGAACGGUGAUGUGAUACGAUUUUCACGUAUCAGUAACAAUUCUAUUCGUGGUGCUUCGUUACGAUGUCCGCGAUGAAUAUAGCAUAACAGAAAAAUUUAACAAAAAUGUCUGCGCGCGACUCUUCGUACCGAGUGAACGAUGACGAAAAAAAAAAAGGGAAGAAAAAACCGGCAGACUUCUUAGCGCAAAGUAAAGUAAUGUAGAAUGCGCGUUGUAUGGUGAAUUGUAACAACUACAUCACAGUGUGAUUAACAACGCCCACCGCGCUUCUUCAAGAUGCAACGACGCAGUUCUAGUGCGCUAGGUUCUCGGACGGAUUAUACUACAGAAUGCUCUGAAUCUCUUUCUCAUGAUCAAAGCGAGAAUCAUGUUUGGAGAGAAAAGAGAGAAAGAGAACGCUCUUAACGACCAUACAUUCACGAGGGUAGUGAGACUUAAAAAUCGAAGUCGAAUCCCUUGCAUCUCUUGCGGACAUAGAACGAUAAAACAUGAUUGUGAUCGUUUUUUUAUUUUCUUUUUUUUUUUGAGGUGAAUCACAAAUGUACAGUACGCGGUUUCGAUGGUGGAUUCUCGCAGUUGUUUAUCAUACAUAGUAUAAAUUUGGAGAUUAUUUAAUUUUCAUCAUAUAUGUGGCGAGAACCGAACUGUGGCCAGUUUUGUCUUUUCUGAAUUCAAUACUGUUUCAUUUUAUGCGUAUAAAUUUCAAAUGAGUAAUUAUAAAGUUCAUUGUCAACUUUCUUCUCAAGAUAGAUAUCAAAUUGUUAUAAAAUUGAACGUAACAGAAGGCUACCCUGAUAUAUUAAAUAUCAUGAUAUUUCUUUUAUAUAUUAUAAAUAUUCUCGAUUAUAUAAUAGUGAAUAUUCUCCAUUUGUAAAUUUCUGUAUAACUUAUCAAAAAGUAACUUUUUUUUUAUUUUAAUGUUGUAUAAGUCGAUUGAUGGCUUAUGUGACUAUUCGUUAAUAAUAUAGACUUCGCGAAAUUAUUGUUCGAUUUUCACAAGACAUUUACGAGAAUUAACAUAAUUCCGCGCAAUUAUUACCGUAUCUUAUUCCAAUGGCGAGCUGAAUACGUAUGUAUAAAUGUAGAAUAUUUCUUCGUAUAAGUCGCAUGUACAUAGACCGAAUACAUUGGUAACUCAAGCAGCUGUUGAGUGUGUAAAGCUGUUACGAAUUUUUGCACAAAAUACGUUUUUUCAGGCGAUAUAAAUGAGAUGUUAGUUCCAUGUUAGUGUCCAGAGAAUCAAGUGCAAUCGCGGGGAAAAGCCAAUAAAUACGGCUGAAUUAUCAAUUUUGCUAGAACGCGUUAUUCGACAUACAUUGCUGAAAAUCGCGUUAAUACGGUUCUUGUCUUAAAUUCGGCGUGUCAUUGUUCCAACCGAGCUGAAAUAAAGAUAAAACAUAAAUUUCGGGAACAUUUGCAUAUUCAAGAAAAUUUAAAAGUCACAACAUCGCGUAAAGGGAUAAAAUUUUAAAAUUAUUUUCCGAAAUGCCAGAGAAUCUCCCGAAACGCUCAUUUACUGGACAAUCUCGCUGAGGAGAGCAAUAUCACGUCGAUUUACGGCACGCCAGCAGGAUGCUGAGGUCUUUUCGCUAAAAAGCUCGAUAGUUAAACGAUCAUACAGAACGUAGUACAACGGGCGCGCUAGGUGUUGGCGGGGAGGACGUCUAGUUUUAGAGACAAUUCGUUUGGUUGUGCUUAGAUGGUAAGAAGAAAACUAAGAAAACAUACGAUUGCGAGUUUCCGUAAAGCAUUUCUAUUUCAUCAGCAUCGAUCGGGCGUACUGUACAGAUGAUGGUGUGUCGCGUGUGUGAUGAAUUAUGUAUGACGCCGUGGUUCGCGUACCGUUAGCGUCGUAAUUGAGCGCUCCGAGGUAAUGAGAUCUUACGUACGGAAAGCGCAAUAACCGCAGGACAAAUUCUCUCUGUCUAUAAUAAAUAAUAAAACGGAUGUGACCUCUUCUCGUCCCGUGACAAACCUCGUGCCCUUCCCUUUUAUACGGUAACAAUACUAACCGAGAAUGUGUAACAGCAAAACCAUUUAAUAGCGGACUCGGUCAUGUUCGUCGACCUUCUGUUUUUCUUUUUUUUUUUUAAUUAAGUUGAAAAUAGCAAAAAUAUGCUGUAUAUCGAAUUGUAGGUGAUAUACAUAUAUAUAUAUAUAUAUAUAUAUAUAUAUAUAUAUAUAUAUAUAUAUAUACACAGAAAAAGCAAUCGUCGAUGAACAUUACCAUCGUUUUGCUAACGUGUGUAUGUCCCGUGUUUGUAGCAAGUAUGUGUGUGUUAAUUACAUGAAAGUGUGCGUGAGAACGUGAGAAGGAGAAGAAUGAUGGGGAAGGAAAGUGCGAAUAAAGUGAGUGCGUGCUCGCAUCAUAAGAAACGGAUACCAAGAGAAUGUCCGUCGCAUUCGUCUUUCCCAUAUUUAACGCUUGAAAUGCGGAAUCAUUCUGCAUUUUAUUUAUAUUCACUUUGCGUUGAUUAUUAAACAGUCGCGUACAGCGUUAAAUAUGGAGUACUUUACGGAUCGAUGAAUCUUUAAUCUCACAUUCAAUUGUCCAAGGACAGGUUGCACCGACGACAAUUAACAUAGUUGAUUAUUUUCUUUACAUAUCGCAGAAUCAAGAUCUAGAAUAGUAUUUUUCAAUUUUUUUUUGUGCGCUCCCGCGUGAGAGCCUCCCGAGUUUAAUUUUCGAUCUCUCAUGUCAUUGCCUAGUUGGGAAGAAAGACUGGAUAGAUCGCUUAAAAAUUUACAAUAACUGAUAUAACAUGCCAUGGUUUUAUGUAACCCACGUGGAAAAAAAAUUGAACUAGUAUCAGACCGAAUUAUAUUUUGCAUACUAUUGAGAUGCUAUCAAA